CAGGAAGAACUCUGACAUGACCCGUGGAGAGUAGGGGGACUCGCACACCUUGUGAGGAGUAAAGGAGCUAUGGAGAGCAUCACUGGGUUAAUUGUCUUCUGUUUAAUAGGUGGCGCUGUAUGCAGUUGCCCUAGCAACGCGGUAUGGUUCGAGGAGGAGGUGUCUUGUUACUACAUCAGCAACAGCACCAAGAUCACGUGGGGAGAGGGGCGUCAGGCGUGCGAGGAAAUGGGCGGAAGUCUACUGAUCAUCAACUCGCGCACAGAGGAAGAUCUGAUCUCGGACUCCCUGCGGACUAGGCUGUCCAGGAACGCCACCGAGGACUCCCAGCUGCAGUGGUGGAUCGGACUGAUUGGGGUCAAUGACUGCUGGACGUGGGUAGAUAAUACACCUGCUGAUACAAACUCUUUACUGUGGCAUGCGUCCGAGCCCAGUAUCCAGGACCGCAAGGCGUGUGUCGUAUUUCGGCAAACACUACUCAGCGACGUGGACUGUGAGUUCAAGAAACACUUCAUCUGUGAACUGCCACCGUUGUCACCUCACCCAGAGCCAUCAGUGUCGACCCCGACAUCUGACCCUUUGUCUGUAGCGACGAAGCGGUUACUAUUCUGCGGCAUCAUUGGUGGAGUGGCACUCCUGGCUGUUAUAGCAAUUAUAGCCGUCAUCUGUCUGGCUGCCAGGGUACGGCAUCUACGACGGACGUAUCAGAGGGGCCAACAUCACCCGGACCUAACAUCUCAGUCUUCAGCCCACACGGAGGGCGUGUCCCAGCGGGCACCCCAGACUCUACCCAGGUCGGAACCCGCUGCCAAACCGCCCCUCCGGUUCCAACUCACCACACAUCAUUCCUAUGCUGAGCCAGAAUCUGAAUCUCAUCCGGGCUACGAGAAACUGAACAAGUUUACGCCGCGAUACCUCGCCCUGACCAAAUAACCUAGAGUCUCCAAUACAGAAUACAUUGAUUGGCCUGUUGAACAAUACGGAACCGCUGCGCAGUGAAAUAUCUGUGUCUGACAUCACUGUUCAUUCGAUACUCUGUCCUGAUUUGUGAAUAACGCCUGUGUAGGUUUGCUACGCCUUGCUACACUUAAGUACACCUUACGACUCCUUGCUACACAUAAGUACACCUUACUACGCCUUGCUACACUUAAGUACACCUAACUAAUCAUUGCUACACUUAAGUACACCUUACUACUCCUUGCUACACUUAAGUACACCUUACUACUCCUUGCUACACAUAAGUACACCUUACGACUCAUUGCUGCACUUAAGUACACCUUACUACUCCUUACUAUACAUACGUACACCUUAUUACUCCUUGCUACACUUAAGUACACCUUACGACUCCUUGCUACACUUAAGUACAUCUUACUACUCCUUGCUACACAUAAGCACACCUUACUACUCAUUGCUACACUUAAGUACACCUUACUACUCCUUGCUACACAUAAGUACAUCUUACUACUCCUUGCUACACUUAAGUACACCUUACUACACACGUCAUUACUCCGUGCCACAUCAUCUACACCUGGGUGCCUUUUGCAACACAUUGUCACACACUUCCAAAUCUUGCUACAAUUAUGCACACCUUGCUACGUCUUGGUCCACAUUGAUUCAGCGUUGUACACGUUGCCACACCUUGCCGCUCGUUGCUACACCUUUGUACACUUUGCCAUGCAUUGCCACACCUUGUCGCUGGUUGCUACACCUCUGUACAGUUUGUUACAUCUUGCGGCACUUUGUUACAUUACUACACCUUGACAAAUGUUUCCACAGAUUGCUAGGCCUUGCCUAAUCUUGCCAGGCUGAGAUACACCUUGCUUCACAUGGAAAGCGUUGCAUAACUAAAGCCCUAAAUGCACAGUCUGUAAAUAUUUGUUGUACAUAUUAUAUGUGAUAUUUAUGUUUUGCUUGACAUAUAGAUUUGUGCCGUGUCUGGUGUACAUACAAUUGUUGUCCUAAAGCAGCACUUAAAGUGGCAAUAAACUAUAGUAAACUGUA